AUGGAUUUGGCCUGCAGUCACGCAUCUGGGCUGAGAAUAAACACGGGCCAUGUCAGCAGGCCGAGGAAUCGAUGGCUUUGUUUGUUCAUAACACUCAUCAUCUCCAUCCAGGCUUUAGCGUCUCCCAGCGGGCCCCUGGCACUGGACGGCCCUCAGGUUCUGGAUGCCCCCCUCCUGCCCCCUCUGGCCUCUCCGACCAGGGCCCGCUCCCCUGACGUCAUCUCCUCAGCCUCCACAGCCAUGUCCCAGGACAUGCCGGAGAUCGCCUCCCAGACCCUGCAGCUUCAGCGGGUCCUGGGGUCCGGUCUUGAGUCUUCCCCUCUCUCCGCUCUGCAGACGGACAGCAUGGCCUCGGCUGCGUCUGCCCUGCACCUGCUCACCUCCCCGCGCACAGCCAACAACAACAGCCUUUUGUCCCUGGAACUCGGAUGUGCUGAUAUCUCAGUGGGUGGAGCUGUGGAGUCAGAGCCCAGACUAAGCAACACCCCGUCUCUGCUGGAGAACGCCCUAUCAAAGGAGAACCCGGGGGCGGGGGGAGGGUCAGAGGGGAACAUCAGCCACACACCCUGGCCGGCUGCGCCUGACAUCACCAGAGAAACCAGGAACAGUCUCAGGGACAAUGGUCUUGGAGACUGUUCAAGGGAGGAGGCGAAGGACCGACACUUGAACUCACCUUACCACCGGCGCUCCUACCACCUCACACAGAACGACAGUCAGGACGCCGGCGCUGAGCAGAGUGACCCUGAUGAUGAGGUGCCCACCAUGGCAGCAUCCUCAGGAAACUGUGGUCGUUCUUCCCACAGACUACCAGUUAAGGAGUGGAAGACCUCACCACGAGGCUCACCAAAAGUAAAGAGGAAGACCAAGAAAGAUGACAGUGAAUCUUCUCUGUCCAGGCAAAUGGAAUCUAGUCAGAUGAAUGCAGAAGUGCAGGACGAGCUGCUGAUGCUCCUGCGCAGCCAGCAGAGGGAGUUAACUGAGCUGCGUGGACAGAUUACAGCCAUGCAGAGCGCCAUCAUGGUCCAGGUGGAGCACGUCCUCUCCAACCACCAGGAACAAGAACAGCGCAGACUAGAGCGAGUGCUGGCAGAGAGUCAGAAUCGUCAGCAGCAGCUCCAGGAUCAGCUGAGCCAGCAGCUCAGCCACACCCUCAGCUCAGUGCUCACCAACAGGAUGGACAAGGUGCUGCGGGAGGAGAUGAAGAAGACAGUCCCACAAACAAUUUCUAAGAGUCUGGAGCCAGUGACCGGUCAGCUGAACAACACAAUUGCUGCUAAGCUGACCGCUGUGGAGAUCACCCUGAAGGACAAUGUCAGCAAGGUGGUCAAAUCUAAGAACAUGACGGAUGCAAUUGGUCGAGCAGCAGCCGAGGCGAUGCAGGGGCCCAUCCAGGCGGCCUAUAAAGAUGCCUUCCAGAGCAUCGUGCUGCCUGUUUUCGAAAGAGGAUGCCAGUCCAUGUUUCAACAAAUCAACGACAGCUUUAAACAAGGCACACAAGAAUACAUCCAGCAGCUCGAGAGCCAUAUGAAGAACAGGCAGCAGAGAGAGCUGGAGGCACGUGAGCCCGUGGUAGGCCAGCUCCAGCAGAUGAUCGAAAGCUUCCAAAGCUCCACCGAUCAGCUGGCCAAUAACAUAACAGCAAACGUCCGGGCAGAGGUCCAGCACCAGAUCCAGAUGAUGGUGGGAAAUUUGCAGGAGACUAUUCUUAGCCAUGUGCCAGCGAAUGUCAAGGGAAGAGGUGACCAUGGCGAUGAGGAGCAGCAGGCAGUGGCUCUGUCAGCCACUGAUCUGAACCUGGUCCUGUACGUGUGUGAGACCAUCGACUCCCAGCAGGUGUUCGGGCAGCACCCCUGCACUCUGAGCCAGCCCGUGCUGCUGUCGCUCAUCCAGCAGCUCUCCUCCAACCUCACCACCCGCUCUGAGCUCAAAAUCAGGUGUUCCGUUACUCCAGUCAGCCGUGUGGCCAACCGGAUACGGUAG